UUUACUGAACAGUUCCAUUUUGAGUCGAUCGCGUGCGCAGUGAUUUAGUGCUUGCACUCGAGCAGCUUUUUAAAGUAAAAACACGCAGUUUUUCCUACUGCAUAAUUGGUCAGUCUUUUGACAGUAGUUGAAAAUGCAAGACCGUGUAAGCAGAUAUUCAGCAUGGUUUUGGGAAAAGUGGUGUCUUCUGACCGCAUAUCUUCAUUUGGUUGCGAUAUUUAUUGAAAUAGGGACACAUAUCUUAUUAAUAUUGAUCUACACGAGCGGCUUGCAGUGCAAUACCAACCUAGACACGCUUCAUAAAAACUGGACUUCAUUUGAAAAGAUAAUACAUGUGACGACAUUAGGAGUGCAUGGCUUCACGCCAUUUCUGGUUGCGUAUUCAGGGCCUCUUGACGUCCGUGAAGACACGUUAAACGAGAAGUUAUGUUGCCCUGGUAUUUUACAUUUACCAGUGCUGGAUUCAAUUAUCAUCAUUAGCAAUUUUAUAUGGUUUAAGUUCGUGUUUUCGUUCUACUAUUCCUUAUAUAUGAAAGAUGUACGAAGAAUGCAACUAUUUCUUAAUUUGGCUAUGAUCAAAUUGUUAAUGGAACUAGUGUACAAAGCAAUGAGACAUAACAUACAAGAUGAUAUGUUCGAUAUUGAUGUCUCCUGGAAUUCUGAACUGAUGAAUUUCUUUAUUUACAUAUUUUUGAUGACUUCUGUACACUAUCACAUAAAGUUCCUGCAAAAGACAACUACUAAACCAACGACAACAAUCAUCAAAAUACAAACCGAAGUUAAUGAUAAUAUCGAAGAAAAAACUGAGCAGCCAAUCGCUGAAGAGAAAGUAGACCAGCCACCGGCAUAUGCUUUGGUUUGAUGUUUAUGUUUGAAUCAAAAAUUUUAUACGUUAAAAUUAAAUAUUUUUAUUCCUCGUAUAUGCGUGCCAGUAACCAUAUUUUUAUUGUAAAAUAAAUUAGCCAAAUUAUA